AUGGCGGAUAUCACAGUAGACGAUCAGUAUUUGACCUUCGACGGCCGUCUCGCUUCGUUUCAGAAGACUAAGAAGCGAGGUUCAACAGCGGGCGGCCGAGGCGCGAAGGCUCAGAAUUGGCCACAUAAGACCAUCUCCGCAGAGAGCCUUGCUCGAGCCGGUUUUUUCUUCUUGCCAUUCUCUGACAAUCCCGACAAUGUUGUUUGCUUCCUCUGCGAGAAGAGCAUGGAUGGUUGGGAAGAGGGCGAUGACCCUUUGCGCGAGCAUCUGAAACACUCACCCAGUUGCGGAUGGGCAAUUGUCGCGGCUAUCGAGGCUGAGAUGGAAGGAUACUGGCGAGAGGAUCCCAACCACCCUGACAUGGCAAUGGCGCGAAAGGCAACAUUUGCAGGCAGAUGGCCUCACGAGAACAAGAGAGGAUGGAAAUGCAAAACAAAGCAGCUCGUUGAAUCGGGAUGGAAGUACACACCCACACCAGAUUCGGACGAUAUGACAACAUGCACAUACUGUCAAUUGGCCAUGGAUGGUUGGGAAGCAGAAGAUAAACCAAAAGACGAACAUUACAAACGAUCACCGAAUUGUGCCUUCUUCGCACUCGUUGAAGAACACAAACAAACCAAGAAGACAACCCGUACAAAGGCCGGACGAGGUUCUAAGGCUUCACGUCUGUCUACACAAUCGGCUGUCUCUAUCGCCUCUGAAGCAGCAUCAGUAGCGGAAACAAUCGCAGCACCCGACGACAGCGUCGUCACAACUACAUCCGUAAUGACGCAAGGUGGCACCAAGAAAAGCCGCGCAAAGAAGGCCCCUGCAGCUAAGGGCAAGAAGGCUAAGAGUAAAAAGGAAGAGCCUGUCGUGCAAGAGCCUAUCGUGCAAGACGAGCCUGAAGACCAACAACCACCCAUUGAAGAACCCCCUGUUGCCCAGCCGAGCAAGGCUAAGCGUGGAAAGAAGCGGCCCAGUGCCGCGAUAGAGGAGCCAUCAGUUGCCGAGUCUGAAGCUCCAGCAGCGAAGAAGCGAGCUACUCGAAAACGUGGCAAUACCAUAAUCGAAAGUUCUGCAAUUCAAUUUUCGGACGAUGAAAGCCCUGCUGAAGUGCCCGUUGAGGCCAAAGCCGCACCGGUUCGCAAGAAGGGCCGAGUUGUGAGCGCACAGAAAUCCCACAAGGCUCCGGUAGCGGCACCUGUGUCUUCCCCAGAAAAUUUCAGGGCACCGCCAGGAGGCUUUCCAGAUGACGACGAGAUUGAACGCCAAUUGGAGGCUGAACUUGAAGCCCCCCUUACGGAAGAUGAGGAGAUCGCAGCAGAUUCUGAUUCUGAACGUUCUAGGUCAAGAGCCAAGGCAUCCUUUGAGGAGGAGCAGAGAAGUUUCCAUAAGACGGUCGAAAUACAAAAAUCAGAGUCAUUUGCAAUGCUGGAUCCCCAUCCAGUUGAACCAGAUGAAGAUGAAAUCGAAGACGAAUUGGAGGCUCUGCGUGCAGAGAUGGAGGUUGCCCAACCAGAGGAAACACCACAACCCGAGGCUGAACCAGAGCCUGUACCGGACUCAGAGCCAGAAGCAGAGCCAGAGCUACCUCAACUACAGGUCCCUAAGAAAGGACGAAAGGCAGGCACGCGCAAGGCGUCAAAACAGGCCAAGCCUAAGAAAGCUCAACCUGCCCCUGAGCCUGAACCAGAAUUCGAACCACAGAACGAAUCCGAACCCGAACCGGCAGCUCCUGAUAUUUCAGACCCUGUUGUGGAUGAGCCAGAGAUUAGUGUUGGCAGCACUGGCACUGUCAUUCAGAAGUCGGAGCCACAAAGAGCCAGUCUUGGGAAGCGGGGACGUGGACGCCCAUCUAAGCAUUCGCUGGCUUCCCAAGUCUCCAUUGAUGCAGAUGAGCUGGCCGUGGAGCAAGUUGAGUCACCAAAGAAAAGACCUCGCGGGCGACCUUCCAAGACACUCACGCAAGACCUGGCCCCGCCUCAGAAAGUUUCAACGGAGAACCUCGAGAUGGAGUCGGAGCCAAAGGUCGAAGUUAAGCCAGAGCCAGAAAAGAAACGCGGACGCGGCAGACCUUCCAAGGCGUCACUUUCAGCCUCUUUCACGGAAGAUGUCAAGGUCCAGGAGCCGACCACUAUAGCCGCUCCGCCUAAGCGUGGGCGCGGCCGACCACCCAAGCAGUCGAAAGAAGAGCCUAUUCUGUCCGAACCCGACGCCCAGUUGCUAGCAGAAUCAGAUGCAGCCGAGGCGAGAAUACUGGCUGAAGCGGAGGCAGGCGCAGAUGAAUCGGUUGACCUGGUCGAGGGGCCCGAGUCUAUUGUAGGAGACCCUUCCUCCUCCCCCUUUAUGGAGCGACAAAAAGCACCAACGCCUAGGCGUUCGGAGUCUAAUCACGUCACUUUACAACCAUCCACACCAGCUACAGGAGUCUCGCCAGCGCCAUCGGCUCGGCAAGCGGCUCUGUCACCAUCCCAGUCUCCGCAGUCGUCUGACGCGGAAAACCAACCCCCAUCAUCCAAGCCACCGGCAAGUGCAAGGGCGAAGAGAGUUGUGCUAGCUCCUGUAGAGGCAACGCCUGUGCGUGACUCGCCGUCAAGGCGAAAUAUCGUCGCCGGCCUUCAAAGCAAGACACCGUGGAAGGCCGUAGACAUUGACACCGUGAUGGGCACUCCGCACCAAGCUGGCGAAAAGGAGAAUGGCGUGGCGCGACUUCUGAAGAAGGGCAAAGACCUUACAAGCCCCGAGAAGAAGAUGACCGUGGAAGAAUGGAUCUACUUCAACGCGGGCGAGGCUGAAAAGCUGCUGAAGCAAGAGUGUGAGGCGAUGGUCAGCUCUUUUGAAAGCGAGGGGUCGAAAGCCAUGAAUGUGCUCGAGGACCUUGUUGUUGAAUGA